AUGUCCUCAUCCACUCCUGAGACCAGCACGCAGCCGCAGCCGACCAUCGAUGCGCGCGAGUCGAUCCACACGAUCCCUACGCACCAUAGCGCCGCGGUUUUUGAGCAGCACGGCGGACCCGUCGAGAUCAAGAUGGUCGCGACGCCCACGCCGCGCGGCCUCAAGCCGGGCGAGGCGCUCGUCCGGCUCAUCUACACGGGCGUGUGCGGCACCGACCACCACGUGCUGCGGGGCCACUGGCCCAUCGAAAGCAAGCUGCCCCUCGUCGGCGGACACGAGGGCGCCGGCGUCGUCGUCGCCCUCGGCCCGGGCGCUGACGCCUUUGUCGACAUCGGCGACCGCGUCGGCAUCAAGUGGCUCGCCGACUCGUGCCUCGCCUGCGACUCGUGCCGACGAGGACUCGAGCCCAAUUGCGACAAGGCAGAGGGCUUCUCGCGCGACGGCACCUUCCAGCAGUAUGCCGUGGCGGCCGCCAAGCACCUCAGCCCGAUCCCCGCUGGCCUGAGCCUGAAGGACGCGGCGCCCAUCCUGUGCGCCGACGUGACGGUGUACACGGCCCUGCGCAGGGCCGACUUGGUGCCCGGCCAGUUCUGCGCCAUCCUGGGCGCCGGCGGAGGCCUGGGCCACCUGGCGAUCCAGUACUGCGUCUACUCUGGGCUGCGCGUCGUCGCCGUCGACACGGGCGAGGACAAGAGGCAGCUGUGCCAGUCGCUGGGCGCCGAGACGUUUAUCGACUUCAGGCAGACCAAGGACCUGGUCGACGACGUCAAGAGGGCCACGACGGACGGCAAGGGACCGCACGGAGCCCUCGUGGCCGCCAGCAGCGGUGCCGCCUACGAGGAUGCGCUCAAGUUUCUGCGACCGGGCGGCAUCCUGGUGGCCGUUGGCCUGCCUGGCGGCGCCGUGAUCCGGGCGGGCGUGUUUGAUACGGUGUUGAACAACCUGAGGCUGGCGGGCAGCUACGUGGGCACGCGCCAGGAGGCCAUCGAGGCGCUCGAGAUUGCGGCGACGGCCAAGGUCAGGGCGCGCUACAGGGUGCUGGGCCUCAGUGACUUGCCGGCCGUGUUUGAGGACAUGGAGCAGGGCCGCAUCGCCGGCAGGGUGGUGCUUGACCUCGACAAGUGA